AUGAGUCAAGAAGAUCCAAACCACCUGGAGUGGGACAUGGUGAUCCGUAGUGACUUGUCCCAUAAUACCUCAGUAGAUGAAGCAUUAGAUGCGUCUAAUAUCAGUAGCCAUUCGAGUGUCAUUAGCCUAGAAAGCGCUCAAAACAUAGUAUCAGAAGAUACUACAAUCGACGGCGCACGAUUCUCUCCCAACCUUAGUUCGGUGGUACAGGACAUGCAUUUGUCUACCAUUGAACACGAUAUGCAAGAACUUGCCAUCUCUAGUCCAACUUCUGUUCACAUAGAUAACUAUAAUCUGUCUGAGACUUCAUCUCCCUCUGAGAGUAUAUUCAUCUACAGACCAGACACAUGGUGUGCACAAAGUACAUUGUCAAGUGACAAUACUACCUCAACGACAACGGAAAUCAAGACGAUUGAUCAGCAGUCAAAUGUUGUGAUUGACAAUACUCAUGAUCGAACCAAUCCAAAAGGAUGUCUAGACUGGAAGAAUGUUGCCUUUAACAUCUUUUUAAAAACCACAUCUAGCCAAGUUCAAUCACAGCCUGGCUCUCGUAUAUCUUCCUCUACAGAGCCUUUUACAGUAGACAAUAAGGACCAAGACUGUGCUGCUGAGGAGGUUGAAUCGUUCUCUCCAAUCAAUGACUAUAAUUCAGCAAUCAUGUGGAUCGGGUUCCUACCCAAGACUGUGUCUUUUAAAGAUCUACAAAGAUUACUCUAUAGUCCCGAUCACAUAAAAUAUCGACGUAUUGAACAUUUUGCCCAUGUAACUUACGGCAGCGACGAGGCACUGUUUAUAAAUAUUCAGCGGUUUGACAAUACUGUAUUUCAUGGCGUUAUUCUGCAAUGCUAUCCUAUAGGGCUGGAAUCACCAACGGAUCACCAAAGUCUACCUUUCGUUUACCCUCCAUUACUUUGUGACAUGAACAAUGAUGUGGCAGAAUUAUAUCAAACGCCAAUGACAUCAAUAGGUUACACUGAAUUUUCAUAUUGCUACCGUUCUGGACAAGAAAACGAGUAUUAUACUGAAUACUCGCCUACAGCUACAUUGAUCCCCUAUCCAAAUAUCAAUCCAUAUUUUUACGUACCCAGUGUACCUUGGUACACACCAUAUGCUCGGUAUUUUAUAUUGAAACCAUGGGCACCACAGGAUUUGAAGUUUAGCUUUCAAACUGGCUAUUGGUCUGUGUCCCGUCCAAAAAUGGAACAUUUGAAUAUUAACACGCCAAAAGUUUAUUUGAUCUUUAGUAUCACAGGAAGUGGCGAGUACUGUGGCUGUGCGCAAAUGAUUAGCCCUGUAAUUGACAUUUUAGAGUGCCGGAAGUAUGGAAGACAGUAUGGACUGGUCAAUACACCCUUCAAAAAUGAAUAUAAAAAGCGCAAACGAUCUGGAAAGAACAAACAAAAAGCACAGCUUAAAUCAAAAUCAAAAGAAGCUCCUGAUGAAGUUCAGUCAAAAGGACCCAUUGAACCUCUAGGCCAGAUAAGACACCCAAGACCAUGGAACUUUGUGUUUGCAUUGGAAUGGAUAGUAAGAUGCCGUAUCCCGUUCAGAAAGUCUCCGGAUUUUUUUAAUCCAUGGAAUAUGACGUUAGUGAAGGAAUCGGUGGACGGCACAGAGCUGGAGACAAGUGUAGGAGAACAGUUAAUUGAGAUGUUUAAAUUGAAGAGCAAUACAAAGGGAAAAGAGAUAGACGUCGAGGGUUGCUUUGAGUGA